GCAGCACGGACGGUCAUACGAGCAGCAGUGAGUCGCUCCGGAACUCGGCGGAGGAGGAGUAAAACAGCUUUUGGAUAGCGGCUCCCGUGCUGUGCUUUGUUUGGGGCUUGACUUCCUACUUCUCCUACUCAGUUUCAUACCCAGGACCACAAGGCUUGAGUUCUGUUCAAGAUGAUGAUGUCCCUCAGAAGGACAUCAUUGGCCGUGGACACAGAGACCAGAUGUUUGCAGUGAAGAGAAGCAGACGGGAGAGGAGGUAGUAACAGGUGCAGCCUAUCAAGGUGGAUUUGAGGGUGUGGAGGAGAGCUGAAGAUCAUGGGUAAAUCAAACAGCAAGCUCAAGCCAGAGGUGGUGGAGGAAUUGACAAGGAAAACCUACUUUACAGAGAAAGAGGUGCAGCAGUGGUACAAAGGCUUCAUUAAGGAUUGUCCAAGUGGGCAGCUUGAUGCUGUGGGCUUUCAGAAGAUAUAUAAGCAGUUCUUUCCUUUUGGAGAUCCCACGAAGUUUGCCUCUUUUGUCUUCAAUGUAUUUGAUGAAAAUAAGGAUGGACGCAUCGAGUUCUCGGAGUUCAUCCAGGCCUUGUCAGUGACUUCUCGGGGGACUCUGGAUGAGAAGCUGAGAUGGGCUUUUAAAUUAUACGACCUUGAUAAUGAUGGCUACAUCACCCGCGAUGAGAUGCUGAACAUUGUCGAUGCCAUAUAUCAGAUGGUGGGGAACACUGUGGAGCUGCCAGAAGAAGAAAACACCCCAGAGAAGCGAGUGGACCGUAUUUUUGCCAUGAUGGACAAGAAUGCAGAUGGGAAGCUGACUCUGCAGGAGUUUCAGGAGGGCUCAAAGGCAGACCCCUCUAUUGUUCAAGCAUUGUCACUUUAUGAUGGACUUGUAUAGGAAUGUAAGAUGGAUCCAACUAAGCAUCUUCCUGCGCGUAAAUGCCAAAUCCAGCACCAUCACACCUGUAACGGGAGGAGGCCACACGGUCUCCCGUUUAACUUGCUCACCCAGAAGUGGACUGUCAACUUUUGUCGCACGACAUUUGUGUCAGUAGCUGUUCGUCUACAUUUCCACUAAGGAUCGGGAACAAAUCUAUAUCCUCUGAUGUGAUGGAGAAUUCAAACAUGUCGGCUAAACCCUCAGUCAUUUAUCUGUGCUUCUACAGCUAUGUGGCACCGCGUACACCCUUGAGUGUUUGUGGACUAUGUAGCAUUUCUGCAAGCGCAGUGUUGUGGUUUCCCCAUGGACAGAUAGAGGAACUGAAACCCCUCAGAGUGGUAAGUGUGUGUGUGUUGUUCACAUACUGUAAACCAAGGGAUGCACGUGAACUGCUCAGAGGAACUGUGCUGCUGUUUCAUCACCACAUGGAGUGACUAAACCCGGACGAAUCUGGAAAAAUGUGUUAUAACGUGAACACUAACUUAAAAUUACAAAGCAGUAUAGUGUAUAUUGUAUAAUGUAAAUAUAAAUGUAAUUUAUUUUCUGCUUUGCUGCGUUUAAUGGGAAUUUCCUCAUAAAAAUGGAAUGAAUUUUUAUUUUUAUCAAAGUUGUUGAAAUGUAUUGCACUGUAUUUUUCAUUAUUAUUGUGAGAUUGCUUUUUUUCUCACAAUCAGAGGUUUCCUUUCCUCAGAGAACAGGGUUUUUAUUUAAAGAAGAGUGUUGAAGGAGCGAGGAGUUUUCUAUGGAUUAGUUUACUAUGUUUGCAGUCUGUGCAUCCUAUUGUGUUUUCACUUCCUCGUUAGCACAAGCGUCUAGUGUCUGCAGUGUUGCACUGCCACAUCCUGAAUGACAUGACCAAGCAACACAGCCAAUUCUCUCAGCUUACAUCUGAAUUGAGGCUCAUUAUUUCUUUUGAGAGCAUCGUCCUCCAACCUCAGCACACACAAAGCCAUGGUCAUUGAGAGGCACAAACAGACAUCAAUUCUGGUUGUAAAGCUUUUGCGAGCUCUGUGGUUGCAAUUGUCCACUCUGUAUUUGUCCUUUGUGAGGCCAGAGCAUGUGAUUAUACCUUUUAAUCAUUCUUGAUUAUUUUAGUUGGAGCAUUAAGGUGUUUUA